GUGAAGCGCUUCCGAGGGAUGCUGACGAGUCUGGUGCGAUGUACCGCCAGAAGGUUGGUUUCCCGGGCGUAUGGUGGAUUUAAGGCUCCUGCCUUGAAAAAACACAAGUUUCAGCUGGAAAUGGCUCCCCCUAGUUCAAGCAUGGCUGAUUUUCGGGAGGUGUUUGCCAAGGCGAAGCACAUUGUCAUCAUCACCGGAGCCGGCGUCAGCGCCGAGAGCGGAGUGCCCACCUUCCGAGGGGCCGGGGGGCUCUGGAGGAAGUGGCAGGCACAGGAGCUGGCUACUCCAGGGGCUUUUGCCCGAAACCCUUCCCGCGUGUGGGAGUUCUACCAUUACCGGCGGGAGGUGAUGCUGAGCAAACAGCCCAACCCUGCACAUGUGGCCAUCGCAGAGUGCGAAAGGAGGCUGAGCAAGCAAGGCAGGAGCGUUGUGGUCAUCACCCAGAACAUCGAUGAGCUGCACAGAAAGGCAGGCACAAAGCACCUCUUAGAAAUUCACGGUAGUUUAUUUAAAACUCGAUGCACCAACUGUGGAAACGUAGCUGCGAAUUACAAGAGUCCGAUCUGCCCCGCGCUGGCUGGGAAGGGGGCUCCAGAUCCCGAAACAGAAGAUGCCUCAAUUCCCGUUGAAGACCUUCCUCAGUGUGAGGAGGAGGGCUGCAGCGGGCUCCUCCGGCCCCACGUCGUCUGGUUUGGUGAAGCCCUGGAUCCCGACGUCCUGACCGCCGUGGAGAAGGAGCUGGAUAUCUGUGACCUCUGCUUGGUGGUCGGCACCUCGUCCGUGGUGUACCCCGCCGCCAUGUUUGCCCCUCAGGUGUCUGCCAGAGGAGUGCCAGUUGCAGAAUUUAACAUGGAAGCUACUCCUGCUACAGAGAGAUUCAGGUUCCACUUCCCGGGGCCCUGCGGGACCACUCUGCCGCCGGCGCUGGCGCGACACAGCACCGAGAUCAUCUCCUGAGCGGGGUGGGGGCUGCGGGGCG